UGGAGCUGGUUGUAAAUUGGUGGAUCUUAAUGCUGCUGCAAGUGUCUGUGUUCCCUCUCUGUCUAGAGAGUCAUGAGAGAUCCUUCUCUUCCUCUCAUAGGUUUUGGAAUACGAGCGUGAUUACAUGUGCGCAAAGUGUCGUCAUAUCUUCACUGUGCAGGCUGAUUUUGACCAGUUCUACAUCUUUGUCCCGCCGGUGGCUUGUCCUAAUCCUGAUGGCUGUAAUUCGUUGAAAUUCAGCUGUCUGUCUGGAGGAUCUCAGCCUGCUGCCUGCAGGGACUUCCAGGAGAUCAAGAUACAAGAGCAGGUGCAGAGGCUGUCAGUGGGCAGUAUUCCUCGCGCUAUGCUGGUGGUUCUGGAGGACGACCUUGUCGACAGUUGUAAAUCUGGUCCUGUAUGCUGAUGUGGGACAAAGCAAUGUUGCAGCAUGAAGUUUGAAAUUUAAUUUGAAACCACCGUAUGAUGGCGCAGUGUGCAAUGCCAUGCUUAUACGGUAGCUUUCAGUAACUGAAACAUUAAAUCUAUGGGGUGCUCCUAAUAGAUGAUGUAACUGUUUAUGGGGUG